AUGACACAGACAAACCAGGUCAGAGCAAGCACCAAAGGAGUACUGGGCAUGACAAGAAAUGUAGUAGGGGCGUUCACGGCUAACUGGCGCUGCCGCAGGCAGCACCAAGCGCUUGGACGGGUGCCGGAGGCGAUGCCAGACCAGAUAUUGGGGCUCACGGAGCGAUUCAACCAGGACCGGAACCCGCACAAGGUGAACUUGACCGUGGGGAUCUACAAGGACGACAAUGGGGAGGUGACGAGCUUCCCGUCCGUGGCGCGGGCGCAGCGGAUGGUGGAGGGGCAGCGGGGCGGCAGGCUGGCGUACCUGCCAAUUGCCGGGUGUCCGAGCUACGGUGCGAGGGUCAGCGACUUUUUGUACAGCGAGUGUGCGCCGCAGGGGCGGGAAUUCCUAGCCAGCGGAUGCGUCAGCUUCAUGCAGACGCUGAGUGGGACGGGGGCGCUCUCGCUGGCAUCCCUGUUCCUCUCGAACUUCAUCUCGAAGACGAUCUGGGUGCCGCAGCCCUCGUGGGCCAACCACAUGAAUAUCUUCAAGCUAAACGGGUUUGAGGAGGUCCGACGGUACCGCUACUACGAGGACGGGGCGGUGGACGUCGACAGCUGGCUUGCCCAGCUAGAACGCGCGGCCGCCGACCGGCCAUAUCCACAGUGUAUUCUGUUGCAUGCCUGCUGCCACAACCCCACGGGCGUUGACCCCACGCGCGAGCAAUGGUCCCGGAUCUUGAGCGUAAUCAACGGACUUGGAAUGGUGCCUAUCGUGGAUAUGGCCUACCAAGGGUUGGAGUCUGGUGACCUUCGUGCCGAUGCCUACUUGUUGCGGAUGUGCCUCGAGCACAGAUGGGACAACGGGCUUUAUGUGUGUCAUUCUUUUGCGAAGAACAUGGGUCUUUAUGGCGAACGAGUGGGGUCCCUCAGUGUGGUGCAUCCGCUGGGACAAUUUCAGGCUAAGGCCGCGACAGAUUCUCAGUUGAAAUGUAUAAUACGGGCUUCAUACUCAUCACCGCCUUCAUAUGGCUCUCGGGUCGCAACGACCGUGCUUUCUGUCCCCGAAAUCAAGCAACAGUGGCAUGAAGAUGUACACGGGAUGUGCAAUAGACUCUGGUCUGUCCGCUGCAUGUUACAUGAGAAACUACGGUGGCCCAAGUUGAUAGACAGUACCUCGCAACACGGGAUGUUUUAUUAUACCGGAAUUGGCCCUGACGCCGUGGACACCCUGAGAGAGAAAUAUUCUGUUUAUUUGACCAAGGAUGGUCGAUUGUCGCUAGCAGGAAUAAAUACUGGCAAUGUUGAUUACGUUGCUAGGGCGCUUCGUAACGUAUCUACAUACCCGUGA